CCUUCCUUCGGCUUGGUUUCCUCCAACUGUUCAACUCUUCUCUCCUUACCAUCAUCAUCUCCCCUCACCAACUCCAACUAUUUCAGAUUCCGCUUGCCCCUCUCGUCGGGUGGUACAAUAACGCUUGUCAAUAACGCUUGUUACAGCCGCGGGCCGGCUUCUGCUGUGCAAUAACACAUUCCACAUCUACCACCUUCUGCUUACCAUCUACAACCACCACUCUUCAUCUCUCAGCCAUCCGGCCCAAUCCCACUCGAUCGAAUUGGGUGCUCGGUCUCGAUUCGCUUAGAUCCCUUUUUCUAUGCCACCGGACCCUGACCGGAGGCGGAGUUCUAAUAGAAUGGCCAUUCCUUACGCAACCGGGCUGCCGGCCGACAACCAGCCUUUGCCGUCAUUUCGCGAGCUCCUCCCACCACAUCUUCACGAAGAGAUCGAAUCUACUUCAUAUUUUAACUCUCAACAUAACUCUCGGCAACCGCGCGAGCGUCCAGCAUCAUCACACGAAUUGGGUCUUAACUCGGUCCCAAGAGAGCAUGCUUCAUCGCGGUCUUCGCGUCCCAGUCCGGUGCUCCCACCAAUCCGCGAUCUGCAGUCGUACCCAGACCGUGCGACGGGCGUAUAUCCAGACCCCAGGGGUCUCCCGCCGCCGCCGGAAAUCACCGCCAGGCCUGUUGGUCCCCACGGAUACCCCCAUGCAGCGCCAGCCGUGCCUGGUCCACUGGCCGACAGGAAUGCCGACGCCUACCGCGGCGUGCCGCCAAUGCACGGUCAGGUGCGAUACCACUAUCCAUCGAUGGCGUAUCAGAGCGACCCGGACCACGCUUCCGUACCGUCGCUCUCGCACGCGCCUCAGUCGAAUUUCGGCAUUCUAGGGGAUUCCACCGACGCGAGGAACAGACGCCGCCGAGGGAACCUUCCUAAACCCGUCACUGAGAUCCUCAAGGCCUGGUUUCAUGCGCAUCUGGAUCACCCUUAUCCGAGCGAGGAGGACAAGCAGAUGCUCAUGUCCCGAACAGGUCUUACAAUCAACCAGAUCAGCAAUUGGUUCAUUAAUGCGAGAAGACGCCACCUUCCAGCCCUGCGUAAUCAAAGACGUACUGGCGGAAGCGACCUGGAUGAACGACAGUCGUUGAGCGAUAUGGAACAAACGUCGCCUGAGCCAUCACCUCAUCGAAGACUAUGA